AUGUUGAAGGACGCUUGCAACAGGCUACUGCCAGACGAAGAGUGUUUCGAACCAAACUACACAGCCCCAUGGAACGAGAAUAUAUCUCUGGUUGAAAUCACGCAAAAAAUUUACAUAAUUUCCGUUUUGUACAUCGGCGCCCCAGCUAUCUGCAUUGGUCUGGUCACCAGUUUUUUGUGUGUCAUCGUCUUCUGCUGCUUUGAAGUGACCCAGAAAACAACUCGUCGUCUUCUCAUCAUGAACUCCGUUUCAGACACCUUCAAUUUAGGCGCCCUCUUCAUCUCGCACAUUCUGUUUGAACUAGUGCCCCUGGGCCAAUACAAAGCCCUCUACAUCGACAGUCUAGAUGCUGUAUCAAACAUCGCCGCGCUCUCACGAAACUGGAGCAUUGUUAUCAUCGCGUUUGAGCGCUACAUGCUAAUCUGUUACCCGAUUUAUUUGAAAACGAAAAUUACGGAUCAAUGGGUGAGUCACGCCUGCAUCGGCUUGUCCGUUGGAACGCUGAUCGUACGAAUUCCGACGGUGCUGACGUUGAUUCUUAAAAACACCGGUGUCUGCGACGCUGCCGUCGUCUCAUUCUCUGUGGACGCAUUCACUGACAUCUUCUUCUUCACAAUAUUUCCCCUCAUCUUGCUGAGUUUUUUCACAAUCAGGAUCCUCUACGAGUCGCAGCGGCUACGCAAGUGGCGGAAGAAUGAGGGAUCAAUCGAUAGCGAACGCAGCAUGGCCUACGAACGAAUGAAGAGACGGGUACACGGAACCAUCAUGGCCGUCUUGGUGACGUUUACCUUACUCACAAUUCCAUUCCUUCCAAACGGUGUCAUAAGGGUCCUAACUGCCUUUGGCGACCACAGUUGUUUAGUGUAUCUAGGCAGGCACAUAACUGCCUCCAUGUCGUACAUCGGCACCGUACUCAACUCCACUGUCAACUGUUUCAUCUACAUUUUGACCUGGCCGAAAUUUCGGGUGUGUUUGUGGCAGAUUUGCAUAUUCCCUUUCGUAUUUUGCCUCCAUCCCAAUCGGAAAAUGUCCAAAACUGUGGUGGAUGAGAGGACAGUGCAGUCACAAACAGAAAGGCCAUCGAUAGACGCCAGACUCGACAUCGACUACUAG